CGCACAGUCGUUUUUUUGUACAAUAAAACUCGCCGUUAAUCCUUUUUCACAUCUCUUCGGCGAUUCUUUGUCGGACGGCUUCGAGUAUUCAGUUCUACCCAGUAUCCAGUUUUCGCACAGAUUUUUAAUCAGUAAGCUUUCCUUCCCGAAUACGAAAUAUGGAGGCUGUGAUGAGAGUGUUAAUUCUAACUGUUACUGGAGUUGCGGUAUAUUGUCCCUAUUUGGUCAAGACAGCAACCAAUCCGGCUCAGGGAAAUUCGCCAUUUGCUCUCGAUCCGUUCAUGGGCACAUACGACAUGCUUAUGUCAACGUGCACCGCCAGCUUCUUCGAAUUUGCCGAAUCGAUCAUAGGCGUACCACAUGAUGUUGUGGCCGGUGGCGAACGGAUUGUGUUCAACAAAAGCAUCGAUAAUCAGAGCUACAACCAGUAUAUGAUGCGCAACGUAUCCACCUACGGCAUGACGUCGCAUUUCGUCCUGGGCCAGCAGGGCAGCACGGAUGCCGGCAAUGGUCAUCUGGAGUACUUCUAUUCCAUGCCUAAUGCAUCCUGCAUCAUCGGGUGGUAUUCAUUUCCUUUUGCCAAUUUCUCCAUCACCUACAACUUCCUGCUCGAUGGCAGCGGAUUUCAGGAUCAAAUUAAUGUGACCUUCCCGCGGUAUCAAACGUCAAGGUGCUUUUUUAAUCGAACGGAUAAGCCGUACUGAUAAAUACAGCCGACUACCUGCUCCCGGGAGUAAAAGCUUAAAAGAUUCUUUUGGAUCCAGUUACUAGGCUGGGAUUCAAGUUACUUACGUAAUUACGUGUCAGAAUGUGCGCGCAGGUAAUACUUGUAGCUAACUUGCCAUUUGCCAACCAUGAUACUGGUAACCAUGAUACAUCUCGUACAAAUAAUUGAGCCGGUAUACUUCUAGUUAUAUGAAUACUGAUUAUCUGUGCCAGGACUUCGGCCCUGUCCUUUGAGGCAAAGGAUCUCGGCUUCUACUUCACCAAUUUUGUUGCUUUAAAGUACAUCAAAAUUCUCUAGGCGUAGCGGUGGAUCCAAGAUUGUUGACGUUUUGCCCAAAUCAUUUGUCUAGGUCCAGUGGUCAAUCAUAAGCUUGUUACCAUGGACGCGAUAAGAAAUGCACACUGUUCUAACACAACUUGACCCAGAACAGUAGCAAUAUCUGAGCUGCUACUUAACAAUAAGUACGAGUACAAUAAAAGUAAAAAAU